CUUCGCUCCCCUGCUCCACGGUGGCGGAACAAACCACCGAGCCAAAGGCCCAAAGCCCCGGGAAACCCUAGGACGAAGAGAAGGGCGCGCAGCCAUGGCGAAGAGCCGCAACAAGAACAAAGCCAAGAAGGGCGGCGACGCUGCCCCCAUGGACACCUCCGAGGGCGCGCCCGCCACAUCCACCGCCACAGAAAUCCCGCAGCCGAUGGAUACAUCCGAGGGGAAGCAACCCUCUUCGGCAUCGGCUUCCCUCAGUUCGAUUAGCAGGAAAAUUAAAAAGGGUGUGCAAAUUAAAAGGACAAAAAAUAUGAGGAAAAUGAAAGCUGUUGCAAGGGCCAUCUCAAAAACUGAGAAGUCAGAGGAGAAAGUCUUGAAAGCCAAAAGCAAGAAGACAAGGAUUCAAUCUGCCAAGUCCUUGUAUGAUUAAGGUCGCAGUCGUUAAUUUUGUGUACGCUGUAGAGCAACCAAAUCCAUGUGUUUCAGAAAGCAUGCUUUGUUGCGAAAAAAUAUUCCGAAGGGGCCCUAAGAGAUGGCCUGUGAUCAUGCCUAGUAUUAGCAUAGUAUGGUUAUUAUUUUUUCAAAAUUGUUGGAUAUGGAUCAUUGCAUAGUCACCGAGUUGAAGGAAAAUCGUGUUAUGUCAAUUGUUGGUAUAGAAACAAAUUUAGUGCAUGUUGAGGCACCAUGAACCAAGCACGCAGAGCUAGAAAAGAAGAGAAAAACCAUCAUUUAUUUGAUAUA